CUCGACUCCGCGGCUCGCGCGUGAGAGCGUCGCGUCACUGCUCCGUUAUUGUCGGAUGUUGACGCGCUGAGGAGCGGUGAUGGGUCCGCACAGAGCGAGCUGAUCGCGGUCAGAGCCGGAGGAUCAUGUCCUAUGUGUCUUCACAAGAUGGAAGGUGUGUGUCUCCAUGCUCUCGGCCUCACACUCCUCUGAAUGGCCACACACACGACUCCCCCGGCUGGAGCCGCAAGCUCCGCGUCAGAGAUGGAGACCAGUUCUACCUGCUGGAUCAAGAGGAGGUUCAUCCAGUGCUGAUGAAUGAUCAUCGUCCCGUCUCUCACCGACACAAACUGCUGCGCAGGACCGUCAGCGUACCUGCAGACAGCAGACCACACCCUGAGUCAGAGCACGCUCGUGCUCGCAGGAAGAGCUUUGCCUCGUCGCGGCAGAGAAGCAUGGAAGCUCCGCCCACUGCCCCUACACAGCCAUUCAGACAACCUAGUUUUCUAAGUCGCCGUCUGAAAGGAUCGAUCAAACGAGCAAAGAGCCAACCCAAACUCGACCGCACAGGAAGCUUUCGCCACAUGAUCCUCCCACGAUUCCGCAGCGCAGACCAGGAGAGGACGCGUCUCAUGCAGAGCUUCAAGGAGUCUCACUCUCACGAGUCCCUGCUGUCCCCCAGCAGCGCGGCCGAAGCCCUGGACCUCACGCUGGACGAGGACGCCCUCAUCAAACCCGUCCACUCCAGCAUCCUCGGCCAGGAGUACUGCUUCGAGGUGACCACUGCGUCGGGCACCAAGUGUUUCGCGUGCCGCUCCGCUGCUGAGAGAGACAAGUGGAUCGAGAACCUGCAGAGAGCCAUCAAACCCAACAAGGAUAACAGUCGUCGUGUUGAUAACGUGCUGAAGCUAUGGAUCAUCGAGGCCCGGGACCUUCCUCCGAAGAAGCGCUAUUACUGCGAGCUGUGUCUGGACGACAUGCUGUACGCACGCACCACCAGCAAGCCUCGCACAGACACCGUGUUCUGGGGCGAACACUUCGAGUUCAACAACCUGCCGGCCAUCCGCAGCCUCAGACUGCACCUGUACAAGGAGACGGACAAGAAGAGACGCAAGGAGAAGAGCACGUACCUGGGGCUGGUCAGCAUCCCCAUCUCCAGUAUAACGGGCCGUCACUUCGUGGAGCAGUGGUAUCCGGUCAUCCAGCCCAGUGUCCUGGCCAAGGGCAGCGGUGUGGGCGGCGGGAAGAUCAUCAACGCCUCGCUGCGCCUCAAGAGCCGCUACCAGACCAUGAGCAUCCUGCCCAUGGAGCUGUACAAGGAGUUCGCCGAGUACGUGACCAACAACUACCGCACGCUGUGUGGCGUCCUGGAGCCGCUGCUGAGCGCCAAGAGCAAGGAGGAAGUGGCCUGUGCGCUGGUGCACAUCCUGCAGAGCACCGGCAAGGCCAAGGACUUCCUGUCUGAUAUGGCCAUGUGUGAGGUGGACCGCUUCAUGGAGCGCGAGCAUCUGAUCUUCAGAGAAAACACACUGGCCACCAAAGCCAUCGAGGAGUUCCUGAAGCUGAUCGCACACCGCUAUCUCAGAGACACCAUCGGAGAGUUCAUCCGUGCGCUGUACGAGUCGGAGGAGAACUGUGAGGUGGAUCCGAUGCGGACGCCUCCCUCGGUGCUCUCAGAUCAUCAGGCUAACCUGCGCAUGUGCUGUGAACUAGCGCUCUGCAAGAUCAUCAACUCUCACUGUCUGUUUCCUCGCGAGCUGAAGGAGGUGUUUGCGUCGUGGCGUGUGCGCUGUGCUGAGCGCGGCCGGGAGGACAUCGCUGACCGUCUCAUCAGCUCGUCUCUGUUCCUGCGCUUCCUGUGUCCGGCCAUCAUGUCUCCGUCUCUGUUCAGUCUGACGCAGGAGUAUCCGUCUGAACGCACCUCUCGAACCCUCACGCUCAUUGCCAAGGUGGUGCAGAGCCUGGCCAGCUUCUCCAAGUUCAGUGGGAAGGAGGACUAUAUGGGCUUCAUGAAUGAGUUCCUGGAGAUGGAGUGGGGCUCCAUGCAGCAGUUCUUGUACGAGAUCUCUAAUCUGGAGUGUGUGAGUAACGCCGGGGCGUUCGAGGGCUACAUAGACCUGGGCCGCGAGCUCUCCAUCCUGCACAGUCUGCUGUGGGAGGUCAUGGCCCAGCUGAGCAAGGAUGCCAUCCUGAAGCUGGGACCCUUGCCACGGUUACUGAAUGACAUCAGUGUGGCACUGAGGAACCCGCAGCUGCACCGUCAGGCCAGUCACCAGCCGCCCGAGCGUCACAUGACCCGCCCGCCCUUCAGCCGCCUCGCCACCAACGACUUCCAGAGCCUCAUGAUGAGAGACCUCAACAGCUCCAUAGAUAUCUCUCGUCUGCCGUCUCCCACGUCUGGUCUCUCCGGCAGCGGCGUUCUCUCUCACCCUGGAAUGGCUGCGUUCUCAGAACGAGAUUCCCGUGGAAACAAAGACGUGUUCUACGUGACCCGCCCACCUCUCGCACGCUCAAGCCCCGCCUACUGCACCAGCAGCUCUGACAUCACCGAACCAGACCCCAAGGUGCUCAGUGUGAACAAGAGUGUUUCUAUGAUGGACCUGCAGGACUCUCGCAUCAACAGCGUGUCCAACCUGCACUCGGUCAACGACCUGCUCAACUCGUCUCAGGGGUCUCUGGCCGGCUUCGGUCCGCUGGGUGGCGCCCCCCUCAGGGCCGGAGGGCGUGUUUCGGCCGGCUCGGGCGGCUCCAGUAUGUCGGGAGGCUUGCGUCUGAGUCACUCGGGCGGCCUGACGAAUGAUUCUCUGUCCCAGCAGCAGCAGCAGCAGGCGGCCGCGAUGCACGUGGCUCUGUCCUUCCAGAACCCUCUGUUCCACCUGGCGUCCGACGGGCCGCAGUACCACACGCCCCCCCACGGCCCCGCCGCCCCCCCGCCGCUGCUGCUGGCACCCGAGCCGGAGAACGGACACGUGGGAUUCGGCGUGCCGUCGUUCGGUCACAGCGGCUUCUCUCGCAGCGAGGACCUGUCGGCUCUGAGGACGCAGAACAGUCUGGUGCAGCCCAACAUCGUUCACUCGCACAGCUACAGCGACGACUACACCCGCCACAACCAGGCCGACUACGCCCGCAGACAGCUCUCGCUGCAGAUGCAGGAGAAUCUCCAGCAGCAGGUUCUGAUGGGCAUGGCUCCACAGACAGCCACAGGCACCGGCACGCCCGCUUCUCUGGCCACGCCCCCCACCACCAUCCAUCCUGUCCGUCAGGCCUCCAUGGCUCCGCCUCCUCCUCAGCGCAUGAAGCCUCAGCCCUCCCACCAGCUGUCUGUCAGCUCGGCCGCCAACUCCACGCCCCCCAAGACACGCCCCCAGAGCGGGAACCUCCUCCAGUCGCCCGACUCCAGUUUCGGCGGGAGGCAGUUGUCAAGGCAACAGCUGUCGAUGAAGGAUAGCCCCGCCCCCGGCCUGCCGCAUCAGUCCAGCACGACCUCGGAGAGCCCCGCCCCUCAAGGCGGAGCCAAUGAGAGCACAGAAAACACACCGAGCAACCAACCAGCAAAACCUGCACAGCAGAGCAACCAACAGCAGCUGCUCAAACCAACCGUGAACAAACAGGGCUCGAAGUCUCCGUCCACUCUCAAUCCUCCCUCAGCAGCGUCCGAGCGUACGGUGGCCUGGGUGUCCAACAUGCCACACCUGUCUGCGGACAUCGAGAGUCUGCGUGUGGACCGCGAGGACUUCAAACUGAAGGAGCACUCCAAGAGCAUGGACGAGUCCCGUCUGGACCGGGUGCGUGAGUACGAGGAGGAGAUCCACUCUCUGAAGGAGCGUCUGAUGAUGUCUCAUCGUAAGCUGGAGGAGUACGAGCGGCGGCUGCAUUCCCAGGAGCAGCAGACCAGUAAGAUCCUGCUGCAGUACCAGAGCCGGCUGGACGACAGCGAGAGACGCCUGCGCCAGCAGCAGAUGGAGAAGGACUCGCAGAUCAAGGGCAUCAUCAACAGGUUGAUGGUGGUAGAGGAUGAGCUGAGGGGAAGUGGAAUGCCUGACCUCAAAACCAGAAUAUUCACAGAACAGCCGAUUUAUGGCGCCCACUCUGGAACAUGAUUGGCCCGGGCAGGACUAGCGGACCUGUGAUUGGUUGAACCCCAACCCAGGAGUGUCUGAUGAUUGGCUGAGAGAGAAGAGAGAGGCGGAGCCUGAACAUGACGACCAACUCCAACUUCAGGACAUCUACACACUCUCUCUCUCUCUCUCUUUCUCUCUCACACACGCUGAGUUUAUAUAUGUAUAUAAGUGAUAUAUAACUAUAUAUUCCUCAGGUGUGUCUCUCUCUCUCUCUCUCCUGCUGUCUUUCUCUCUUUCUUCUGAAUUUUUUGAGCCAAAUGGACGACAAUCAGCAUCUUGAGGCCGAAACAAUCACACCGACAGCACAAAGAAAAUCAACGCAGACAGACGGACGGAGAGAGAGAGACUUUAUUCACUCUCGUUCUGUUCCCAUCAUCCCCUGCCUCUCUUUCUCUCUCUUUACUGCAGGAGUGUGUGUGUGUGUGUGUGUUGUGUGUGUGUGUCAACUUCCUAAUAAUGACUCAAUAACAAAUCUUUUUCAAAUUAUGUUUUGAGGGGCUUGUUUCUUUCUGAGCCAAUCAGACGUCAGCGUGCCGCUCAGAACCCCGCCCCUUCCUGUCCCGAGCGGGGGGGCGGGCUCUCCUCUCCGUGCCUAAAGAGCUCCAUCGAGAACAACAGGGCAAAAACAGACUUGACGAGUGAGUCGGACACUCGGUUCGUCCCAUGAUCACAUGUUUGCUCAUCUCUGACAGAGGGUCAUGUGACUCGCUCGCUCCGCAGAAGAAGGGAAGAGCGACUGGUGCUUGGUUCGUGGAGAGCGAGCGGACGUGUGUGUUUGUGCCAAACGCUCAUUUAGACGCAUCCAUCUCUCUUCAGACCCUAGUGAGUCGCCCAUCAGACGGCCGCUCCAGCGCUACACACUUCCCACAAUGCAGUGCGACAGUGCUUUAAAAUGGACUGAAAAAUCUUAAUGUUUUUUUUUUUCUUCGAUUUGAAUAUAUUACUAUUGUACAAUAGAAUGUACUUAAUUAAGCACUUAAUAAUAAUUACAACUUUACUUUUUAAGGUAGUAUUUGAUUUUCUGUUCGAAGCACUUUGCUUACCAAACCAAAUAAAAGGAAUUGUUAAUUAACAUUUAAUUACUUUUUAAAAGAUUCAUCAAAUUUAAUUGUUUUUGAUAGUUAAUUUGUAUUCAAUCCUAAACACAGAAUUACAGGACUAGGAUUUCGUAAAGCACUAUUAUUAAAGUUUUAUUAAUUCAAUUGAUUAGACGUCUUGACUAUUACAAUUUUAUUAAAUCUUUUAAAGUAUUUCGAAUCCAGAACAGAAAUACGAAGAUUUCAAAUAAUUAAAAAAAAAACUUUUAUUUAUUUUUUUACUUUUAAUAAAUUGUCUAAGUUUCUUGAUUUCAGUUAAUUAGACAUGGACUGAGGCCCUAUUUAUUGUGAAAAUUAAUUAAAGUAUUAAAUUGGUAAAGUUUUAUGAUUCAAAUCAUUAGAUUUGCGUUUUAACCAUUUAAACAGAUUUUAUGAAAAGUUAAACUGAUGUCAUUGGGCCCUAAAAAUACAUAUUGCUCAACUUUUAAUAAAUUAUCAAAAAAUGUAAUUUAAUCAUCAAAAUGGAAUACAGACAUUUUUACAAAAUUAAACUGAAUUUGGGGAAAAUGAAACCGACUGUAUAGGGCCCUUACAUUAAUUAGUUAGGCUUAAGUUAUCAGAUGAAUUUAGUAAUUUAAGCGAUAAUGUGUUGAUUUGUGCUGUUGGGUUUUUUGUGCAGUUCUCACAGGAGCUGUCUCAUUUUAUAUUAUUAUUAUUAUUAUAUUUUUAUCCAAGUUAGCAUGACAUGUUGACAGAAAUUCCAUAAUGGUGCUUCCCUACAAACGUCUAUUAUUAAUAUUUUUCAUAAAAUAGUUAGAGUGGACUAUUUGAUCUGAUAUUUGGUGUGAUUUUCUGCUUAUUUGGACGUCAGUGCGGCUCACUGGGUUGGAGAACAGCGCUUGUGCUCGCCUCACACACACACACACACACACACUCGAGCGCUGAGGUCAGCUGCUGAUUUCUGUACAUAGAGUCCAGAUUUAAAGUUGGAAAGUUUCUCUCAUUUUAAGUGGGUUGAGUUUUUCUCUUUUCUUGGUGUUCGGUGGAUGAUACUCAUAUACUCCAGCAGCUGCUCGCUGGGGCUUUAGUCGAUUACUUUAGUCUUUACUCACUUUUUCUGUUACAAGUAUUACUUUCGUCUGCAUUUCAGGUACUUCUAGUUCUAAUGAUAAUGAUACAGUGUUUCUGUGCCUACAGUUCCCAUACUGAGCUCUGAUUGGCUGAACACGAGCGGUCACAUUUACACACGUUGCCAUACAGACAUCGAUUCGGAGACGGAGCGCGCUAUACGUUAGCUAAUGGACCGGUUCUGUUUCGAUACGUCAUCUCUCACCACUUCUGGCGCGGUGUUGCGCUCACAUCAGCUAGCGUUUGUGUGUAGGGUCAGUAAUGCUACGACAGAUCGCGAUCGCGUGUAGCACGCUAGCUGAGUUUCUGUCUUCAUGAAGAAACGAACGGUCCUCGCCGCGGGACCCAGCCGCCAAUUUAGCCAUAGACACGGACAAGCCAUAGCAUUGACCUUUGACCCUCCGGCCCGGUUCAGGAGCGUAGGAUGUAUAUAUUUAUAUAUGUACUCAUGGAAAUAUCCUCGAAUGCGCGAGAGAUCUGUUGAUUCUAGAGUGGAGCAUCUCUGAAUAUGGAGUGAUGUUUUGAAUGUUCAUAUUAUUAUUAUUAUUAUAAAGAUAUUAUAUUCAAAUAUGAUUAUUAUUAUUAUUGUAAUUAUGAAUUUGAUUUUAUUGACAAUGAUUGAUAAACAGAAAUGUCUUUCUUUUUGUGAAUAUGGAGAAGUUUACAUUUUUCUGGGGAAAUAUUACAAGACUUUAAAUAUUUCAACAAACAAAUAAAUAAAUAUAUACAUGCU